AUGAGAGACGAAAUUAAGGCUGUUUCAGUGGCAUGUGAUCACUGUCGAUUCAAAUGUAUUGCAAUGGGCUUGGCUCUUGUAGCUGGUGGGGCUGCCAUCGGCUACUGCGUUGGUACCUGCGUAGCUCGUAAACGUGACCGCAUUAAUCACUGCAUCAAACUGUCGUCUGAUAAAGUAGUCGAUGUGGCUGAAAUGGAAGACAUCGGAGACAAGAAAGUGUAUUGCCGAUGCUGGAAAAGUGAGAAGUUUCCUUACUGUGAUGGUACGCAUAAUGCUCAUAAUGCGCAGUCUGGCGACAAUGUAGGACCAUUAGUGGUUCAGAAAAAAGAAGCUGCUUAA